AGAAUUGUUAAAAAUCUUUAUGAAACAUACCACUGAAGAUGAACUUGAAGGAUUUGGCCUUUAUUUUUAUACUAAUGAUCUCAGGAGACCUUUGUGCAGAAGAGAAAUACUGUGACUUUCCGAAUGUGGAAAAUGGAAACAUUGCCCAAUAUUAUUACACUUUCAAAACCUUUUACUUUCCAAUGAGCAUAGACAAGAAAUUGUCAUUCUUCUGCUUGGCUGGUUACACAACUGAGAGUGGGAAACAAGAAGAGAGAACCAGAUGUACAACAGAAGGCUGGGCUCCAGAGCCAAGGUGCUUCAGAAAAUGCACUAAACCUGACCUAAGAAAUGGCUACAUCUCUGAUGUGAAAUUUUUGUACAAAAUCCAAGAGAAUAUGAGUUAUGUUUGUGCUACAGGCUACAAAACCACUGGUGGGAAGGAUGAGGAAGUGAUUCAGUGUCUUGCUCAUGGAUGGUCUUCCCAACCAAGCUGUAGGAAAGAACAAGAAACAUGUUUGGCCCCUGAAUUACAUAAUGGAAAUUAUUCCACAACCCAGAAAACAUUCAAGGUGGGGGACAAAGUACAAUACAGAUGUGCUGCUGGCUACUACACAGCUGGAGGACAGCAGGCCGAAGAGAUGGAAUGUCACACGCACGGAUGGUCUCUCACACCACAGUGCACCCGAUUAACAUGCUCUGCUUUAAAAUUAAUAGAGAAUGGAUAUUUUCACCCUGUAAAGCGAACUUAUGAAGAAGGAGAUGUGAUUCAGUUUUUCUGUCAUGAAAAUUAUCAUCUAAGUGGAUCUGAUUUGAUUCAAUGCUAUAACUUUGGUUGGUACCCAGAAUCUCCUGUAUGUGAAGGAAGAAGAAAUCGAUGUCCUCCUCCACCUCUGCCUCUAAACUCCAAAAUUCAAACACAUUCAACAACUUACCGUCAUGGAGAAACAGUUCAUAUAGAAUGUGCUCUUAAUUUUGUGAUCCAGGGGUCAGAACAAAUACGUUGUGAAAAUGGAAAAUGGACAGAACCUCCUAAAUGCAUUGAAGAAAAGGAGAAGAUAGCCUGUGAGAACCCACCCUUUAUUGAGAAUGGUGCAGCAAUCCUACACUCUACAAUUUAUUACAGUGGGGAUAAAGUGCCAUAUAGAUGUGAAAAGGGGUACCACCUCCGUGGAUCAAAUGAAAUAGCUUGUAAUCGUGGAAAAUGGACACUUGCCCCUGAGUGUGUUGAAAAUAUUGAGAAUUGUAAGCCUCCACCUGAGGUGAUGAAUGGAGAGGUUGUUGGUGGGUUACAGACAAGUUACACAACAGGUUCCUCAGUGGAAUACAGAUGUAUUGAGUACUACUUAUUGAGGGGACCGAAGCUAUCUCACUGUGAACAAGGAAAAUGGUCAUCUCCACCUGUUUGCUUGGAGCCAUGCACUGUUAGUGUGGAUCACAUGGACAGAAAUAACAUAGAGAUGAAGUGGACGUAUGAAGGGAAGGUCUUACAUGGAGAUCUAGUAGACUUUGUAUGCAAGCAGGGCUAUGACUUGCCUCCCUCGACCCCACUGUCUGAGUUGUCUGUGCAGUGCAACAGGAGCGAAGUGAAAUAUCCACAGUGUGUUAGAAAAGAAUCUAAAGGAAGGUGUGCAUCUCCUCCGCUUAUUAAAAAUGGAGUCAUUAUUAGUUCAACAGUUGGCAUCUAUGAAAAUGGUUCCUCAAUAGAAUACAGGUGUUUUGAUCACCAUUUCCUACAAGGACCUCGGGAGGCCUACUGUGUAGAGGGUGUGUGGACUGCACGACCAUUGUGUUUAGAACCGUGCACAUUAUCUUUUGCUGAAAUGGAAAAGAAUAAUUUACUCUUAAAAUGGGAUUUUGACAAUAGACCAUAUAUUUUUCAUGGCGAGUAUAUUGAGUUUCUUUGUAGAAGAGAUACUUAUAUAAGAGACUCAUCUAUUAUGGGGUCUGAACUUAGAGUGCAGUGUGACAGAGGACAGUUGAAAUAUCCAAGGUGUAUUCAGAGAGAGAGGAUUCUGUCUUAUCAAGAACCCUUGCAGACAUAA